GCUGGCUGCCAGUACAGUCUUGAUAUUCGCGUCGGUCGUGCAAUAAUAAAUACUCACGGUGUCCACUUUUGUAUACGAUGUUCUUUUAUUUUUAAUAUAACGAAACAAGUAGUGACGAACGCACGACAGAAAUAGCUAUCAACGAUACUGCUAUGGUCAGUUUAAAAGGACAGUAAAUAGUUGAGCAUCGGGAUUUUUGCGGGGAAGUCACGAAAUUUUCGCGCAAAUUUAAAUAAAAAAAUUGUAAAAUAAUCGUUGUUACUUAGAGAUGCCGCAGGUUUGUAAAUAAUGGAACAAGCAUUAGAUGCCAAGAACCAGGCGCAGUCGCCAGAAGAUACCGAGGACCUUUCGCCACUGCCCGCGCAAGCGCAAGGGCCUGUUAGAAGGAGAGGAGGCAUAUCCGCGGAACCUGUUACUGAGGAAGAUGCCACCAGUUAUGUUAAAAAGGUGGUCCCAAAAGACUACAAAACUAUGGCCGCGUUAUCGAAGGCGAUCGCUAAGAACGUCCUCUUCUCUCACUUGGACGAGAACGAGAGAUCCGACAUCUUCGACGCCAUGUUCCCUGUCACUUUCUUGCCUGGGGAGGUAAUCAUCCAACAAGGAGACGAGGGAGAUAAUUUUUACGUGAUCGACCAAGGAGAAGUCGAGGUGUACGUUAACAAUGAACUGGUCGUCACCAUUGGAGAAGGCGGUAGUUUUGGCGAAUUGGCCCUGAUUUACGGAACCCCCAGGGCUGCCACUGUCAAGGCUAAGACAGACGUUAAACUGUGGGGAAUAGAUAGAGAUUCCUAUAGGAGGAUAUUGAUGGGUUCGACCAUAAGGAAAAGAAAAAUGUAUGAAGAAUUCCUUUCAAGAGUCUCCAUCCUUGAGAAUCUUGAUAAAUGGGAAAGGUUGACAGUGGCGGAUGCUUUAGAGCCAGUUAGUUUUGAAGAUGGGGAAAUUAUUGUUAGACAGGGUGAACCUGGAGAUGAUUUCUACAUAAUACUGGAUGGCACGGCGAUAGUAAAACAAAAAAGGGCAGAAGGCGAAGACGAAAAAGAAGUCGGUAGACUGGGACCCAGCGAUUAUUUCGGCGAAAUCGCUCUGCUUUUGGACAGACCGAGAGCCGCAACCGUUGUGGCGUGCGGACCCUUGAAAUGCGUCAAGCUGGAUAGGGCUCGAUUUGAGAGAGUUCUGGGACCCUGUGCAGACAUAUUGAAGCGCAACAUCUCCCAAUAUAACAGUUUCGUCUCGUUAUCGGUUUAACAAGAAACCAAUCUACUUUUUGACGCUCGCCCGUACGUUAAAAAGUACAUUUGACAAAUAAAGUUAAUAUUAAAAAAACUAACUAGGGGCUCUUGUACUGAUGUAUAUUUUUCCAAAUUAAACUAAUUAAAAAAUUUAAAUAGAUAGCAAAAUUUCAGAAGUGCAGUUUAACGUACAGGUGCAGAGGUCAAAAAGAACUGAUAAAUAAAUUAUUAUUCAGCCAAAUUGCUAUUAAAUUAAUGUCUUCUUGCUGAUGGAAUUUGAUUCUGCGGCAGUAUAUAAAAUAUGUUAUAUAUUGUUGUAUUUAAUUAGAGAGUACUUUUAUUAUUUAUUAAAUAAUAUAUGAUGUUGAAUUUAA